AUGUUUCCAUCGGAUGACGCCGAACAACAACAACAACAUCAAAAUAUUUCAUCAAUACCAUCUAUCAACAUUAUACCAAAAGAUUAUCUAGUGAAAAACAAUUUUGUAAACGUAACCAGUUUAUUAUCAACAGAACGAAAUUUUCGUUAUUUAGACAAAAAAAGUCAACAUUUUCCUUUAACAUAUUCACAUCGCCUCACAGACGAACAUUUCCGCCAUAAAAAAUCAUUAGUAUUUUCUAAUAAAAAACCAAAUGUAACAAUUUUAAUGAUGUUUCCCGAUAUCGAUCAUUUUAUACCAAAUUUAAAAUCAUUAUUAAUUGUCUAUGAAUAUAUUGUUCAACGUUAUAAUAUCUCAGAAUGGUUAAAUGUUAAAAUUCAUGCUUUAGAUUCAAAUUGUUCAAUUUCAUUAGCACCUCAUAAUCUUGUGCAAAUAAUGUUAAAAACUAUUCCCGAUGUUGUUUUUGGACCCUUUUGUGAUUUGGCUGUUGCGCCUGUUGCACGUCUAUUACAUUAUCGAAAUAUUCCAUUGGUAACAAUGGGUGCUGUAUCAAAUGAAUUUACAAUUCAUCGUAAUUCAAUGUAUAGUUCAAUAUUUCGUUUUGGUUAUAGAACAGAUGAAUUAGGUUUUUUAAUUUUAAAAUUACUUCAAUAUUAUAAAUGGACUUUUAUUAAAUUUUUAUAUGAAGAUAAUCCUAAACCAUGGCAUGAAUGUCAAGUUUUAUUAAGACCAAUUUCACAUGCAUUUACUACAAAUCAAAUACGUAGUGAUAAUAGAAAAAUAACUAGUCGUGAUUCAGAAGAUAAUUAUACAUCAAUUUUUGUCGAUUUUAUUAGUAACAAUGCUUCUGUUUCCCUAUGGUGUGUAAGUCCAAAAACAUUUCGAUCAGCAAUAUUAACAGCACAAAAAUUUGGUUUUAUUAAUGGUGAAUAUGUUUUUAUCUAUCUUGACACUGUAUUAACUCAAGAAAAUACCGAUGAAAAAAGUUUAGCUGUUCGUCAACCAUGGUUUGAUCCAAACGAAAAAAAUAAUCAAAUUAAUAUAAAUGCUCGACGAGCAUUUGAAUCUGUUUUAUUUCUUCGACAACGACUCUAUACGAGUGAUAAAUUUCGACAAUUUGCUCAAGAUGUCUAUGAAUAUGCCAAAGAAAAUAAUAAAUCAAAAUAUUUAAUACAUGAAACAAUUGGCACUGACGAGACAAAUUUUUAUGAUGCUGUUGUCACUUAUUUUGAAGCAUUAAAAUCACAUUAUUCAAGUUCAAAUUUAACAGAAAAUACAAUAAAAGAUUAUCAACCAUUUAAUGCCAUUGAUUUUAAAGCACGUAUUUGUAGUCGAACAAUUAGAGGUGUUGGUAAAAAUAUAACAAUGAAUGCACUAUGUGAUCGAGUUGAUAUUGGUUAUGCUGUUUAUGAUAUGGAUCCAGACACUGGAGAAUUUGAGUCGGUUGUUGCAUAUCCUGCUGAACCAUAUUCAACAUUGAAUAAAGAUUUACAAUGGUUAAAUGAAAGUCGAACAAUCUAUUUUAUUGAUAAAAAUACAACAUCUAUUCCUCAUACACCACGAUGUGGUUAUAACAAUGUUAAAUGUCCAAAAAAAACAUUUAUGCCAAUUUGGGGAUGGGUCAUUGUUAGUUUAUCAUCAAUUAUUGUUUUAUUACUACUUGUUGGUAUCUUUUUAUAUAGGCGAGCAAAAUUUGAAGCCGAAUUAAAAGCAAUGCCAUGGUUACUUAAAUGGGAAGAAUUAAGUAGCAGAAUUGUCCUAAACGGUGUUACACCCUCCUUCAAUAAAUUAUCGUCAUCACAAAAGCGUACUUCAAUAUCAAGUCAUCGUUCAUCCGAUUGUAGUGAUGGUGGUGGUGGACACUCACGUCAAUUAUUUACCAAAACCGCUGUUUACAAGUCUUCGAUCGUGGCACUAAAACGUUUUCAUAAAAUUAAAUUAGAAAUAACGCGAAAUUUACAACUAGAAGUAAAAGCUAUGCAAGAUAUUCAACACGAUCAUAUAGCGCGAUUUGUUGGUAUAUGUUUGGAUCCUAAACAUCAGUAUAUUGUUACUGAAUAUUGUCCAAAAGGAAGUUUACAAGAUAUUUUAGAAAAUGAAGAGAUUAAGCUUGAUUCAAUGUUUAAACAUUCAAUAAUGCAUGAUAUUGUGAAGGGUAUGCAACAUUUACACAAUAGUAAUAUACAAUCACAUGGAAACUUGAAAAGUUCAAAUUGUGUUGUGGAUAGUCGGUUCAUUUGUAAAGUGACCGAUUUUGGUAUACCAAUGUUGCGUUCAAAUCCAAACAAAAUUUCUCCAACUCAUAUUAAAGACUAUGCUUACUAUAAAAGUAAACUUUGGACAGCACCAGAAUUGCUUAACAGUUUAAAUCAAUCAGCGGCUGGAACGCAGAAAGGUGAUGUUUAUAGUUUUGGCAUUAUAUUGCAAGAAAUUGAGCUUAGAAAUGGUCCAUUCUAUUUGAAAGAUCAAGAAAUGGAACCAUUAGAAAUAAUCGCAAAUGUGAAAAGUGGGAGCGGUUUAAGACCAUCAAUUGAAUCCGGUGAAUGUAAUCAUGAAAUAGCACAAUUAAUGAAACGUUGUUGGAGUGAAGAUCCAGCUGAUCGGCCUGAUUUCACGGAUAUAAGACAAGUUAUGAGACGUAUUAAUAAAGAUGGUGAAAGUGGAAAUAUUCUGGAUAAUUUAUUAAAACGUAUGGAACAAUAUGCGAACAAUUUGGAGGGUUUAGUCGAAGAACGAACUUCUGAUUAUUUAGUUGAAAAGAAGAAAGCUGAAGAACUAUUAUACAGACUGCUUCCAAAAUCGGUGGCUUCUCAGCUAAUGGUUGGUCAUACGGUAACUGCUGAAUCAUUCGAGAAUGUGACCAUUUACUUCAGCGAUAUUUGUGGAUUCACAUCAUUAUCCUCCGAAAGCACACCGUUACAAGUAGUUGAUUUGCUCAAUGAUCUAUAUUCUGUUUUCGAUGGCGUUAGUGAAAAUUUUGAUGUUUACAAGGUUGAAACUAUCGGGGAUGCAUAUAUGGUUGUUUCUGGUCUUCCAACAAGAAAUGGUGAUCUGCAUGCAAGGGAAAUAGCGCGGUUGUCUCUGGCAUUAUUGAAUGCUGUAUUAAACUUUCGUAUCAGACACCGUCCAGAUCGUCAGUUAUUACUAAGGAUUGGUAUACAUUCAGGUCCGUGUGUAGCCGGUGUAGUUGGGAUGAAAAUGCCCCGAUUUUGUCUAUUUGGUGAUACGGUGAACACAGCAUCACGCAUGGAAAGCAAUGGUAAAGCUCUUCGUAUUCAUGUGAGUUCUACCACCAAAGCAAUUUUAGACAAAUUUGGUACAUUUGAGCUUAAACUGCGUGGUGACGUAGAAAUGAAGGGCAAAGGUAAAAUGACAACAUAUUGGCUUUUGGGUGAGAUAGAUGGUUUGAGUGCCCAACAUAGUUCACUAAAUUGGGAUGACGAUAACAUGGAUGAACAUUAA